AUGCCCUUUCCCUCCUUUGUCCAAAUCCCCAGUUUCGCGAGGUGGAUCCUGUACAGGGAUGAGCUUUGCCUGUACAUCUCAGCUGGUUCUCUUGUUCUGUCCUGGAGUGAAGCCAGAAUCUUCUGCCGGGACCAAAAGGCAGACCUGGUUGUCAUCAGGGAUUACCACAAGCAGAUGUUCCUGACGGACCUCUCAGACAGCACCCGGGAAUACGCCGUGCACUACUGGAUUGGGUUAGCAUGGCGAGAGGCAAGUCGUCAGUUCACCUGGGUGGAUGGGACCCCAUUAUCGCAGAGCUGGUACAGAAACUGGCUCCAAGGCCACCCCAAGAAGGAGCGUUGCACGCAGCUCGUGGGCAUCUACGCUGGCCAGUGGAGGGACUGGGAUUGCGGUGCCAACGUCUCCUUCAUCUGUGAGAUGCCUGUUAAAGAUGCCCUCCCUGGCUCUGUGAGGAAAGUGCCCUUCCGCUCCCACUGCUACGCCUUCCAUUUCCCAUCCUUCCGGGAACUCAGGUCAUGGAGAGAGGCCCAGUCUUUUUGCCAGGAAUCUGGGGAGGGCCUCGUAAUCGUUGGAGAUGAGGAGCAGAACACCUUCCUGUCAGAUGCCUUUCCUGAGGACGGCUGGCAGAUGUGGAUUGGGCUGCGCUUUGGCACCACAUGGAGGUGGAGUGACUCGUCAGUCCCCCCAGCUUAUUUCCGGUGGCAUCUGGCCCCCGAACAGGUGCAGGACCAGUGUGUGGUGCUGAGUCUGCAGCCCACCAAUAUUGCCCAACAUGGGACGUGGCAAACCAGACCGUGCAAUGAGCGUCCUACAACCGAGAUCACAGGAUUUGUCUGCCAGCACAGAUACGAUUUUUGUGGUCCGCCGGAGCCUGUGUACUUUCCCCUCCCUGGCGGGAUAGGUCCACACGCCACAGCUGACGUCACCUUCUCUUUCCCUGUUCAUUCUUCCUGCACCCUGUCCUUGGCUGGCCUCCACACCGGUGCCACUCAUUUCCGGCUAAGCCUAGAGUCCAAUGCCACCCACAUGCGUGGCAGUGUCACCACAAAUCUCGGCGGCUCCCUGGAGCGCAAGAACUUUUCUGGAGUGCCCUUUUCACCUGGGCUGUUCAGCACAUGGAGUCUCUUCACUUACCCUGAUGGCCUCGCAAGCUUCUUGGACCACCAGGAGCAUUUCCGUCUCUCCAGUGCCCAAGACAUUCCCUUUGCAAACCUCGGCUCCUUGAGGAUAAUGGGAGCAACCGUGGCCAACGCGUCUCUAGAGUAUCGCCUUUCUUUUAACCUACGCUUUCCCAGCGGUGGCAGCAGGCUGCAGCUGGAAGAUGCCAUACGUCGCUACCUCAACAACUUCACCAUUGGGCUAUGGGUUCGAAGUCAACCUGCUGCCGCCGCCGCCGGCUCCCGCAAGAUGUGCGUGGUCAGCUAUGCGCUGAAGUGGAGGCAGCCAGAGUUUGCCCUCUUCCUCCUCUCUCCCUCUGGGCUGGAAUUCCACAUCAAGGGGGCAAUGAUGUUCAGUGGCACCCAGGGCUCCCUUCUGGAUGGAUCCUGGCACCAUGUGGCCGUCUCGGUCUCCAGUGCUCCCGGCCUCCCGGCCUUCAAGGUCUUCGUGGAUGGAUUUCUUUGGGAGCCACACUUCGCUGAGAGUAGCAGCUUCCUGAGGAAGGGGCUCUCCCUUGGGGGGAAGCUGAUAAUUGGACAGCUGGAGGUGGGCAGCAGAGGGACCAGCUUCUUUGUGGGUGACCUGAGUGAAGUCAACCUGUGGGACCGAGCCUUGCCCGAGGUUUCCAUAAAGCAGCUGGCAGCCUCAAGGACUCGGUGGAAGUUCCCUGGGAACGUGGUGAGCUGGAGCACACUGGUAGCAAAGAAGCCUUCCUCUGUGCAAAUCAGUAUUGCAAGCGAAGACCCAGGCACUGCCUUCGUAUGGUUUGGAUUCCUUCGGCUCAGAGGCAAACAGUCAGCCCUGUGCACCGAUCCAGAGCAGUCCCUGGUCUAUACUGAGCUUGCGCCAGACCAGUGCCUCAAAUGUGCUUUCUGGGGGCUGCAGCCAAAUGGUCGACUCCGCAACAUCGCAGACCCUCCUUCCUGCCUCCAGGUAGCACCAGAUGGAGUCUCCUUGCUGAGCAGCUCAGACUGUUCCAUGGACACAAAGAGCUCCUUUCGCCUCUUACCGGACAAGCGACUGCAGAAUCUGUACUUGGGGUUCUGUGUGUUUCAAGGAGUCAUCCACACCAAGCUCUACCUGGGGAAGUGCACCACACAGGCAUUGUACUUUGUGCUGGAUCAGGAUGUGUACUGCCCCCAGUCCAGGGGCUGGCGAUCCAGGAAGGACAAAUGCCUCUUCUUUGUCUUGGAUGCGGCCCUUGAGUGGAGCCAGGCUCUGAAGUUCUGUCAGAGGUUCCAUGGUGGGAGCCUGGCCACGCUGAGCAGCCCACAAGAUCUGGUCUGGCUACAGAAAGAGCUGAAGGUGAAUGUCUGGACUGGGCUUCACAGUGGCAGAGGCUUGUGGCAUUGGGCCGAUGGAACACCCUUCAACAAAGCCUUGCGGCGCUUUGUUCUCUCACAGGGUCCCUCUGACGUAGAAACCUGCAUGCUGGCCCUGAGUUCCGGCUUCCUGAAGGCCGAGCCGUGCCACCGGCCUCACCGCUGGAUAUGCCAGGCCUCCCACCAGAGUGGCUCCUACGUGACCUUCCCUGAGAAGUCCUUCUUUGGUGCUCUGUCCUCGGACCUGAGCUUCCCUUCGCUGGAGGCUGCCAAGCGGCAGUGCUCUGCCUUGGGCACGGGGUGUGACGCCGUGGUCAGUUCCGCAGGGGGCCACCGCCUUGCCAUGGGGACACGCCUUGUGACCCUGGAAGACUCUGACGCCAGUUCGGCUGCUGCCGUGCAUGUCAGGACGAGCUGCCGGCCCGGCUACUCUGGGCAGGACUGCCAGUCAAUGUGCCCCCGGUGUGAGCCAGGUCUGAGCUGCAACCCACUGACGGGCCUCUGCGAUGGAUUCCUGCGCUACAGGGAGGCAGCCGCAGCGUAUGCCUCUCUGAAGUGCCUGCCCCUGGAUGACUGGGUAUUUGAGCAUGGAGCCUGUGUGUCCUCAGAGCGCUACAGCAGGCAGGACGAAGCAGCCUCUGCUUGCCAGAGGUACCUGGGUGCUACUGUGCAGAAGGUCAAGGCCAGGACUGGCUUUGCUGGUGAUGAAAGAAGAGGCUCAGAGUCAGGCAGCUUCCAUUGGGCUUGCCAGCGACCUGAAGAUGUGGACCUGCCUUCUUUCAGGGAGAAGCUGCUCCUUCCUCGGCAGGGCUCGGCUCCCAAGCAGAGGCGAGUGUCACUGCAGGAAGCCAAGGACGCCUGCUACCUGCAGAAGGAGGGCUGCACGGGGCUGCUGAGACUUAGAGGGGCCUAUUACCUGGUGGCAGGGACGGUGUUGGUGGACAGCCCUGGCUCGGACGCCGUCCUCUACGUCAAGGCAGCCUGCUCCCCCAGCUUCUGUGGGGACGGGUGCCGGCGGCGCUGCUCUCCGUGCUUGAGCACAUCGACCUACAACCCCCUGACGGGCCAAUGCGAUAGGCGCCACCUGCGCUGCGUUCGUCGCUUCACCCCCUCGUGCCUUCAUGGUUUGGUGAGCUCGAGAUGUCCACAUGCUCCUGGCUGGUGGUACUGGGACGGUCGCUGCUAUUACGUGGAGGAGCACAGCAGAAAGAACUGGCAGGGGGCAAAAGCCGCCUGCCAAACGUAUGGAAAAGACGUGGGCCUCCUGACCCUCAGUAGCGCCAAGGAAAAGGCCUGGAUAGCAGCCAUGGUGCAGAAGAACAGCUGGACAGGGCUGAAUGAUGUUGACAGAGACGGGACUUGGACAUGGGCUGAGGGCCAAGCAGCCAACCUCUCUUCUCCCUGGUUGGCGGACACACAGCUUGCUACCGGGGGCUGCCUGGAGAUUGGGCCGCAGGGAGAGGGGCAGAUGGCUGCAUCCUCCUGCUCCAAGCUCAAGCCGUGGGUGUGCGAAGGGCCGUUGGCACCCCGGAGUUCCUGCCCGACAGAACCUGGGUGGAGCCACUGGAAUGGCAGCUGCUACUUCUGGGACCCCUCCUUGGCCAGCGGCUGGCAAGAGGCCCUGCAUGCCUGCCGGAGGUUCAAGAAGACAGAACUGCUGCACCUGACCUCUCCGCAAGAAAGGGACUGGGUCCGCUCAAACUUUGGAGGCUCCUUCUGGACGGGUUUGAAUGACUUGAAGGAGGAAUCUGUCUUCCGGUGGACAACACAGGAGCCCCUCAGCGAGCAGAUGGCACAGUACCUGAAGGAUGAUAUGGCUGAUGGGGGCCUGAAGGACUGUGUGUGGUUUAACUCAUCAACGGGGCUUCUCAGCGAUGCCAGCUGCAAGGAGGAGAGGUCCUUCCUGUGCAAAUGUAGUGAAGCCACAGAAUGGUUUGAUGAGCAACCUGGCCAUGGCGUGGCAGGAGAGCCGUCCGUGCUGUACCCCUCCGCUGAGAGCCUGGAGCAAGCGAAGCAGGAGUGCAUGAUGGAGCACAGCGUGUGUGCCGCCGUCCUCCAAACAGGGACUGGCUUCUAUCUGAUAAGCUCCAUGGACAGCAUUGUCCCCAAGCCGGAUUCAACGCUUUACAGGUGGACCAUCUGUGCAGAGGGCUUCAGCGGCCCCUCCUGUCAUAGGGCCUCGGCACCCCCACCACGACCUGCCUGCGACUGCAGCGGUCGAUUCCAGACAACGGCUGAGAAAGUCUGUGGUGUCCCAGUGCAGACGUGUGUGGAGGACUGCCGGCAAAUGACAACCUGGAGCAAUUGCUCGCUCUGCCUUCCUGCCUGUACUGGGAGGUCUUCAGCAGAAAUAGUACCUCCCUUAUUGUGCUCUCUUUUCCUCUUUCCCCCAGAAGUGACCCUGAUGAGCGGCCUAGAUCCUGAGGAGCUGGCCCUCAUCACCAUGGUCCAGUUCAAAGUGCUGCACUCUCUCAACCUCACCACAGAAGAUGAAAGGGACCGGGGAAACUCCUCCAAAAUCAUCUAUGAUGCCAAAUACCCAUGAUGCUGUUUUCGCAUCCUGGAGGAAGG